GUGGCCAAGAAAAUUAACUAUUGCGUUAAAACAAAGUAAUAACAGGAAACUGCAAUUAUUUGAACUAUCAAUAACACAAAAAUGGUGUCGAUAUAUGAGUCGAAGCCCUGUUUUGAGGGCAUCAGAACCGGAACAUUGUAUUCUGGAUUCAUGCUGUAUCAGUCCUACCUGCCAAGAGCCAAGAGUCAUAAUUGUCGGCGCUGGCAUGGCGGGUCUUUCGGCUGCUCACCGUCUUACACAGUGUGGCAUUCGAAAUUUUGUUGUUCUGGAAGCUAAAGAAAGACCAGGUGGACGAAUCCAUUCUUGCUGGCUUGGAGAUGCGGUGAUUGAAAUGGGUGCCGAAUGGAUUUAUGGGGCUUGUUUACCAAAUUCUGUAUACACCUUAGCUUCUCAAGAUAGACUUUUGCAAGCACCGGUACCUCGAUUAGAUUCAUCAAGAGGUCUAUUUUGCACAAGCGAAGGUCGAGCCAUUGACCUUCCAGUAACUAUAACAGCUUACCAUACAUUCAGACAAAUAGAACAGCAAGCUGCUAAUUUGUUUCGAUUAGGUUGCGAAAGACUACACGGUACGUUACUGAAUUUUAUAGGUUUACGUAUUCAACAAGAACUGCACAACUUCCCUGAGGAUCAAAGAUACGAUGCCGCUAGAGUAAUGUUUGGAUUAAGUAACGUAUUGAGAAAUAAAUGCGGAGAUGACUUAUCACUUAUAAGCGCAGAUCAAUAUGGAAGCUACAUUGAAUUGCCCGGUGGAAGUGUGCGCGUACCUCUAGGUUAUGUUGGAGUUAUAGCGCCAUUGCUACGGGGGUUACCGGAUAACUGCAUACGUUAUAAUAAGCCCGUAAAUGUAAUCCGUUGGGGUCAAGGGCAGACAGGCAGGGGUAGGGCUUUAGUAAAAUGUUGUGAUGGUGAAGAAUUAACGGCAGAUUAUGUUAUUGUUACCAUCUCACUCGGAUGUUUGAAAUGUCAAGCCGACAAACUUUUUGCUCCUCCACUGCCUAUGUGCAAACUAGAAGCUAUAUGUAGUCUGGGAUACGGUUUAAGCGACAAAGUAUUUAUGGAAUAUGCGGAACCAUACUGGGUAUGUCACGAAGGCAAUUUAAAAUUUGCUUGGUCUGCUGAGGAACUUCAGUGUCGAUGUGAUUGGACUAGAGGAGUUUGUGCAGUUGAUGAAAUGCCAGGAAGUAAACAUGUUUUGUGUGCAACAAUAUCAGGACAAGAAGCUGCACUGAUGGAAUCCAUGCCAGAAAAUGAUGUUGCCGAAGGACUGACAUGUUUAUUGCGCAGAUUUACUGGUAAUCCUUGUCUACCAUACCCUCAAAUGUUACUAAGAUCUCGAUGGGCAUCAGAUCCCCACUUCUGUGGAUCUUAUUCUUACAUGGGUUGCUGCUCAAACGUAAGCCAUCAGUGUGAACUCGGGACGCCGGUGCCUGGUCCGUGUGAUGCUCAGCCUCCGAUACUCUUAUUUGCUGGAGAGGCAACUGUCCCUGGACAUUUUGGCACCGUCCAUGCCGCAAGACUUAGCGGUGUUCGUGAAUCAGAGCGCAUAAUUCAACUGACAAAAAAGUUCGACGGUCCUCCACGUUGAUCUAUAGCUGGA